AUGUCGGGACUAUCCGUUCACUCUGCGGCUCAGAACAACCAGCUGUCGUUGCUUAGGACGUUGCUUGCCGAGAACCCUGCUCUCGUAAACUCUGUAGACGUGGAUGAAAGGACGCCGUUGCACUGGGCGGCGUCUUCAGGUUCUCUGGAUGUUGCGCGCUUCCUCAUUGACCAGAAGGCAGAAGUCGAUAAAGUGGACAACAGUGGUUGGACUCCGCUCCACAUCGCAGUCAGUGCAGGGAAUUACGAUAUCGUUCAGGAAUUGAUAGGCGGUGGUGCAGACAACGAUAAAGGCAUAACACCGCUGCAUUAUGCAGCAUCCAAGUCUCGAAUCGACAUUGGCAAGCUCUUGAUUUCGCGAGGUGCAGACUAUAACGCGAGGGACAAUGCCAACCAACUCCCUUUACAUCGUGCAGCGACCACAGGCUCGACUGGAUUCAUUCGACUCCUUCUCGAAUCCUCCACGCCUUCAAACAAGCUUAGAUUGAACACGGCCGAUCGCGUUGGCAAUACUCCACUGCAUCUUGCGAUGGAGUCGGCGCAUGCUGAAGCAGCUGUUCUCCUCAUUAACGCAGGGGCUGACCGUACUCGAGAAAAUUUGGAUAGCGAAAUCCCGGAGGCUGUACCCGGUGUUGGUGGCCAGGAGCAAAAGCAAGCUCGCCAAUAUGUCAUUGACCAUUGCGGCAAGCCAUGAGAGGAUGUUCAGCAGUCCUGAUCUGAUCCACCCCGUCGAUUAUCUGUUUGAUGCAAACGGUGAUCCUGACUACGCGAAAGUUCAAUCGGAUAGCUUUAACCCCUCACCAUCUGUUCUGAGCAGUGGUCUCAAGAAUUCCGAGCUCCUCUUCAUCGAGUGUACAAGAAUUCUCGCAAUGUGGAGAAAUUGGUGCUUCCAUUUGGUUUAGUAGAAAAUUUUACAUUUCUGUUUAU